AUCACAUCAGUACACGCCAGGAAUGGCAGCGCCGCUUACGGCUUCGUGCUCGUCUGCACGCGAUCGCGAAGUCGUUUCGGCUCAGUCCUAUCGGAGAAAGCGCUGACCAUCGUGCCCCAUACUUCCUGGCACACUCCUUUCCAGCGAAUACGCAUCGGAAAUGAUUGUUUCUCAGUCCAAGCCGACGUUUGCUUGCGGCCGUGCGAGCUCCGCCCGCACAGUCGCUGUUUGCGUUCACCGGCUGCCCCGGCCGUCCACCUCUCCUCGGACGGUGCUAGUGAGCAGCACUGUGACCGAUGCCGUCGAGCCGAGCGCAAACGCGACCGGCACUGGCUCUGCCGCGUCUAUCUCAAUUGAGGAGGCCCCAGCCGAUGGUCGCGUGCCCUGGUACAAGAAGCCUUGCCUGUGGCAGGAGCUGACUAGCGUGGAGGAGCUGGAGGCAGCUAUCUCAGCGCCCAACAGCAACGGAAAGAUGACGGUCAUUGACUUCUACGCAGGCUGGUGCGCGUGCUGCAAGAGCUCGUUCCCGGCACUCUGCCGCAUCCCCACCAACGACUUCAUGUCCCAGCAUUUCAACUUUUACAAGGCCAACAUUGAGGAGGGCAACCUGGCUUCCUACAUCAAGAAGAAGGGCGUGCGCGGCAUCCCGCACGUGCUGGUGUUCCACCCAGACGGCUCGGACUGCAUCGGCAUGAGCGGCGCAUUUAAAAAGAUGGAGGCGCUGCGCAAGAACCUGGACUUCAUUGCCCGCGCUGAGAAGAAGUCGUUCGUGCUGGACCCCAACGGUUUUGUUAUGAACCGCUAAGUUGGCGGCCCGUAAUCCUUGGCUUCAUGACAGCAGCUGAGUGCUGAGGUGUGACGCAUGACGGGGCGUUUGCCGUUGUAGCAACAGUUGCCACGCAUUUGGGGAAGGGGAACAUUGAGGGCUGCGCAGGCAGGUAACGCGGCGCAAGUCAUAUCGACUCAUGCAUAACCGCACCUUCGCUCCUUGUGAUCCUCGAGCUCGGGCUGUGUAUUGCGCGGCUGUCUGAAACCGAUGCAUUGGAACCCGGAAUGGAAACCAUGCCGUCAACGGGACUACAGGCGGGUUUGCGGCAUGUCGACGGGGCCUGAGAUUGGUUGGUGGGAGUUUGCCAAAUACGUCAAAUCGGGCUGCUGCGUUGCGCACUUGCGUGACAAAGUGAAAAUAAUAAAGGUCCCGCGUAUGCAUAAUUGGCGUUAGGCGCUCCAGCGUAUACUGCAGAUUGAGAGGGUCUAGAACGGGCUAAAAGACCGCAUGUGGAGGCUAUUGCACUUGGCGGUCCCCUUCAGACGGCAAACUCGCAGAUGUGGGCUUAGUUUAUAUGUAUUCCUGGGCUUGUCGGUUGUUUGUUGCAUUGCGUUGCCUAGCCGCUUGCACCGUGCGCAGAGUUUGCGCCGUGCUGGUGGUUGGCGUGCGCUGUGGCGUGUGUUGUCGGGAACGGCGUGGGUCGCUACUGGAGAAGAUUAGGAGGUCCAAUGCAAUGCGUGGAUGGACGAAGUAGGUAUGGGCAUCGGCAUAUGAACCGUGGGCGUUGGCCACGGCUGCGCGCAGUAUGCCCUUUGUAGUAUAAAGCGCGUAUUCAUACUGCUUGUCAUUUUUUUGGAGGCUCUUUGCGAUACACAUGCUGCUCAGGUGUGUGCACCUGGGGCCUCAAGAAGCCAUAGGGUGAGGUUUGGGCGGGAAACCGAUGCGUCUUGCUCGAAGGCGGCGCCCUGGCGUGUUUGGGCCGGAGUGCUUGACAGGCACUGGUUCCCUCACAUGCUAGCAACGGUGUCGCGGAGUACCCGCGGUGAGGACCUGGAAGGGUGACGCAGCCCUUGGUGGCGUCGUGCUACGUUGCGAUCCCUGUAAAUAUAGACUCUU